UUCGUCUUCCGUCACACUCUCAUUGCCCCACUCUCUGUCUCUCUCUGUUCGUCCUUGCGUUAGUUGCGUGUCCAUAUCAGCAGCGUAGCACUCGCGUUUCGAGGAAAGCGUUAAAAUGGCGGACGGAAUUCGAUUCUUUGAACUGAACACCGGAGCUAAGAUCCCCUCGGUAGGGCUCGGCACGUGGCAGUCCGACCCUGGCCUCGUCGGCGAAGCCGUCGCCACCGCCAUCAAGGUUGGGUACCGCCAUAUCGAUUGUGCUCAGAUCUACGGCAAUGAGAAGGAGAUUGGUUUGGUCCUGAAGAAGUUGUUUGAAGAUGGGGUGGUGAAGCGUGAGGAUUUGUGGAUUACCUCCAAACUCUGGUGUACUGAUCAUGCACCCGAAGAUGUUCCGCAGGCAUUGGAUAGAACUUUGCGAGACUUGCAGCUUGAUUAUAUUGACUUGUACCUUAUGCAUUGGCCAGUUGCGAUGAAGAAGGGUUCAAUAGGCUUUAAGCCUGAAAACCUUGUUCAACCAGAUAUACCUAGCACAUGGAAGGCAAUGGAAGCACUCUAUGAUUCUGGCAAGGCUCGAGCUCUUGGAGUAAGCAAUUUCUCUUCAAAGAAAUUGGCUGAUUUACUCGAGGUAGCUCGUAUUCCUCCCUCUGUUUGCCAGGUUGAAUGCCAUCCUUCCUGGCGGCAGACCAAGCUACGUGAAUUUUGUAAAUCCAAGGGAGUUCACCUAUCUGGAUAUUCACCUUUAGGUUCUCCUGGCACCACUUGGCUGAAGAGUGAUGUCCUCAAGAAUCCAAUCCUAGUUAAGGUUGCGGAGAAACUAGGCAAGACUCCUGCACAAGUUGCCAUUCGUUGGGGCCUGCAAAUGGGUCAUAGUGUGCUUCCAAAGAGUACAAAUGAGCCAAGGAUCAAGGAGAACUUUGAUGUCUUCGACUGGUCAAUACCUGAAGACUUGUUUGCCAAGUUCUCUGAAAUUGAGCAGGCAAGUACUCGGUUAAAUGCCAUCAUUAUGGGAAGACUGGUGAAAGGGACCUCAUUUGUCCAUGAAACUUUUGGCGCAUACAGGACUAUUGAGGAAUUCUGGGAUGGUGAAAUCUGACCAGUGAAGCAAGUACUGGUUUAUUGGAGAUAGGGCGGCAAAGUUAUGUUUUAUCAUUUUCUGUUUUGUGGAGGGGCCAUGGCCAUGUAAGUUUUUAGUUGCAUCUUUCAGUGACCAUAGACGCCGCUAGAUUGGCUUUGUUUCUGCUUGACAGUUCAGUGAAUUUUAAGUUUUUGAAAUGUGAUCAUGGUUGUGUUCA